CGUCUCGGGACCCUUAUGGUUCAUUUUUAACAGGUCCCAGGCUAAUGUCCACCGAGGUUUAACGAUAUGUUGUUAGUUUGACGUUUUGCCAACCCACAGCCCCGUUCAGUCGUGAGACAUUGCGCACGGUAUGAUGGGAAAAUUAACGUAACAGCUGGGCGUGUUGACAUCGGCUAACUACAAUACAGCCCUGAUGUAGCUGUGUGUUCAUCUGGACCAAAGCGGCUUCGCAGGUGAAAUAGGAGACAGCCAUCACUUCAGCAUCACAAUCAGCCUCAGCCAGUUCUCUCACCCACACACCAUACAAGUGGCAGUUCAAUGCCUAAUACAUCAGAAGGUCAAGGGGCAAACCUAUCCGGGCCACCAGAGCCGUCAGGGCUGCAAAGGACCACUGAUGGGGAGGAGGACCACGGUCUGCUCAGCUCCCUCGCCCGGGACGCUGCCAGAGUAAGGAGGGCAUCGAGCGCCGAGCUGCACCUGCCGUGGACCUGCCCGGUCACUCACUCCCGGGAGAAGUUCUACACAGUCUGCUCUGAUUAUGCUUUCCUCAACCAGGCCGCUUCCGUGUACUGUCCUCCAAACACAGCCAGAGACGUGGCCCAGAAGAAGCAGGACGACGGGCCGCCGCUGGUGAAGCCCAAAUCCUCAGCUGACUUCAGCGCUGGUCUGACCGGAGGGGCCCAUGUGGGAUCAGACGGGGACUGUGACAUGGAGGAAGUGUCUUCUGGAAACACUAAGCCUAUUUUGGCCUGGGAGAUUGAUACAACAGACUUCGAUGCUGUGCUUACUAGAAAAAUAAGAACAAGCAAUACGAAGAAAUGCAGCACCAAGAAGAUGAAGUCAUCAGACAGACCCAGCCGAAACCUGCAAGACGUCUCCCCUCAUGCCUCACUGGAGGAGAUCAAACAGAGAAAAGUGCUCGACCUCAGAAGAUGGUAUUGCAUCAGUCGGCCUCAGUACAAGACUUCAUGUGGAAUCUCUUCUCUGGUGUCCUGCUGGAACUUCUUAUACAGCACGCUGGGAGCAGGAAGUCUUCCACCCAUCUCUCAGGAGGAGGCUCUGCAUAUUCUGGGGUUUCAGCCGCCUUUUGAAGAAAUCAAGUUUGGUCCUUUCACAGGAAACGCUACUCUGAUGCGGUGGUUCAGACAAAUCAAUGACAACUUCCGAGUGCGAGGUUGCUCCUACAUUCUGUACAAACCACACGGAAAACACAAGACAGCAGGAGAGACGGCUGAAGGAGCGCUGAUGAAACUGACACAAGGGCUGAAGGAUGAGACUAUGGCCUACAUCUACCACUGCCAGAACCACUACUUCUGCCCGGUGGGCUUUGAAGCCACGCCACUCAAAGCAGCAAAGGCUUAUAGGGGCCCUCUACCCACAAAUGAAAUGGAGCAUUGGAUCCUGAUUGGGGAGCCCAGCAGGAAACACCCAGCGAUUCACUGUAAAAAAUGGCUGGACAUCGUGACCGACCUCAACACACAGAAUCCAGAUUACCUGGACAUCCGUCACACAGAGAGGGGGAUUCAACGCCGCAAGACCAAAAAGGUGGGUGGCAACCUGCACUGCAUCAUGGCCUUCCAGAGGGUGAACUGGCAGAAGCUCGGCCCCUGGGCUCUGAAUUUGGAGAACCUGCGCCACGACUUCCACCACUCCGGCGCGGAGCGAGCCCACGGACGCGGCGCCUCAGAGGACACGGAGGAGAGGACGUCGAGCAAGCGCCUGGCCCACCUGGGACGCUCACACAGUAUGGGAAGCCAGAAAGACACCAGCUGGAAACGCAUGUCCAACACUACGGAGUACAGACAGAAGAGCUCCCCCGGCAGCGAUCUGGAAGAAGACAUCGCAGACUGAAGAGGUUUAUCGGCACAUAC